GAGUACAAACAGCGCUCGAUUUUCUAUCAACUUCUUGCUCGAUUAAUGAUGUUUCUACCUCCGAGAUCGACCUUAAAACCCGUGUAGUCUGAAUGAUAUGAUUGGAUGGACGGUUUGCAUUCUGUUAUGGGGAACAAGAGCACCAAGAUUCCUGGUGCCUUUUGUUUUGUGUGGGGUUUGUGUUUGUCACCAAAAGCAGCGAGUGGCUUCCCUGUCCAAUCAAUUCAACCACAUCAACAUAAUAAUUUUGCUUUUCAAGUGUUUGUAAAAUAUCUGUGUUCAAAAUCCUUUCUUUCUGGUUCUUGUUUCAUGAUUGACAUCAAAAGUGGGAUAAGGGGAGGGAAAUUGAAUGAACUUUCUGGCACAAAAAAGGGUGGAUUCACUGGAUUGUGAUGUAUUGGGCUUUAUGGAAUCAAUAAAAAAAGAUUCAGCAUUGUUUUGUAAUUGUGGUUCUUCUAGAAUUUUUGCUAGUGUGCAUAUUUGUAGAGUUUAAGGACCAAUCAGUAUUAAAACCAUAAUAUGGGUAGUAAAAUGUAAAACUUUUGGUGGGCGCGCGUCGACUAGUAAUAACAGAAUAGUUCGUUCUCUCGGUUUCUGGAUUCUCCUCUCUCUACUCCGUCGUCUUCUUCUUCCUCUAUAUCUCACCGGGAAGAUCUCCGGCGAACUCACUUGACAUCCCGCUUUCCUUCCUGAAGUACCUUUCCUCUGCUUCCUCGUUCUGUUCUCGAUCAAGAAAACCUAGAAUUUCCGCAUUGGGUGCUAGGUUCUCCAUGGGGGAAUUGAAGAUGGAGGAUGUUACGCUCCCGGCGCUCUUCGAGCAAGCUCGGAAGAUCCAUUCGUCUGCCACGGAGUCCAGUGCUGAUCAGGAGGAGCUGAGAAAAGGGUGCGAGGCGCUGGAGAAGUGCGAAGAAAUGGUCGGCAAGCUGGGUUUAUUCUCCGCUAAUGAGACCAAAGAAGAUAUCAGCACCACCAAUCUGAAAUAUAUUCUGGUGCCAUUUUACCUUGCUGAGCUGACUGAGAAAAUUGCUCAGGAUGAUAGGAUUCCAAUACUGAGAGCCUCCCAAGCAAAAUUAAAGGAAUUCAUUGCGUUCUGUGAGGUAAUGGAACUUGCACCCGUGGAGGAGCUGCAGGCAUCAUUGCAAGGAGGUCCAAAUUCAGUUGUGGAUCGUAGGGCUCAAAAGAUUGCUAGGUUCAAGCGCCAAAAAGCUGCUGAGGCGAAGUUGCUGGAAAUAAUGGAGCGGAAAGAGAGACGUGGUCGUUCAACUAAGGCUUCUGCAUUGUCGACACCUGUUGAAGCUGGAGAAGAAGACCUGCUGGAUGAUGACGGAGAAGAAGAAAGGGAGGCUUGGCUUACAACCAUAUCGUUGGCUAUCUGCAAGGCUCUUGAUCUAUUUGAAAUGUUGAAGAAAGAAGACGAGAUGCUUUCUGCUGUUAGAGAAAGACAAUUGAAGGAAGGAGAUACUGAGUUUUCUCAGGCAGUGCUUGAUGAACGAGCGAAGAAAGCAGAGUCAUGGCAUCGUGGUGCUGCCACUCGAGUGCAGUUUACAAAACCUUCCCCUCCAAUCACAUGUGCUACCUUUGCUCAAGAUGUACUAGAAGGACGAGCAACUGUUUCCCAGGCACACGAUCACAAGCACCAGCCCAUGAUAUUUGGGCCAGCAAGCCUCAUUAACUCGCGCCCAACAAACGAGAGAGAAAGGAUCGCUGCGCAGGUCUUCCAACCUGGUCACAGGUUGCCGACAAUGAGCAUAGAAGAUGCUGGGUUGGCAGAGAUGGAGAUCAUGAACAAAUGGCAAGAGAGAAAUGUUAAGAUGAUGGAAGAAGCCAACUCCGCCUGGUACAAGGACAACAACAUGGGGAAGCCGAGAUCAGGUGAAGAGGAAGAAGAUGAAGACGACGAUGAUGCAGUUGCACGGGCUAGAGCGUUCGACGAUUGGAAAGAUGAGAACCCUCGUGGUGCGGGCAACAAGAAGCUGACCCCUUGCGGCUGAUGUCGCUCACUCUCAAGUGUUCUUUUCUGUUCGCUGAAGAGAACAACGAUCCAUAAGCCUGGCUUCGAUGUAAUGUAUCUUAUGAAAUUUUGAUGUGCCACCAUUGAUACCAAGUAUUCAUGUUUUAGAAACAAAGUUUUAAUCUCAGUACUCUUUAUUUAUGUGUAAUCCUCCAAAACAGUUUAAUCUUAUCAUAAUAACUUUCUCAGUAUCAC